CAUUUUAGAUGUGCCUUUAGCAUAUCUGGCUAUGCUGGUCCUGAUGUUGCUGUCCCUUUGACAGCAUGUGCCUGUGCGUGCCUUGCCAUGAGCCAGCAGACCUCUCCUAUUGGUCUUAUAUAGUGGAGAGGAUGAGCAGACCCAUCCUCUCCAGCCACUAAGGCCACCUUGCCUGCCAGGAAAAUAGAGACAGGUGACAGUAGCAGCUGGACUCCCCAAGAAGCAUCCAUCAAGGACACCAGAGAGGCUGACUUGCUGCUGCUUGUUUGGGUUUUGUAUGGGGAUCCAAAUACUCAGUGUGAUUCUCGAGGAAGUAGGAGCAGUAUUACCUUCUGGAUUUGAAUUUCAUAUGGGGAGACAGUACACCCAAGAGCAGAACAAGACAAAGGCAGACUGUGGGCUUAAGCAAGUCAACAGAGUUGAAUUUACUCAGAAAUCCAAGCAGCAGCAAGGCCGAGGUAUUGUACCUUGGUUGGCAGAAGAGCUCUAAAUGCCCCAGGGCCUUGCUGUCAUUAGGAUCAUGCAGCUAGGUAAAGGAACUGUGGCAUAAACACAGCCUUCUUGGAGUCUCAUUUCAGAGAGGGGACAGUGUGGGAAAGCUCUGAACUCAUUUGGUGAUCUACCCCACAGAAAAGUGGCUUUGUUUAGUAAAUAAAUCUAAGCUUUGGCUGUUGCUGUUCUCUUCCAAACCUGCCUGCAUGACAGGCGAGAUGGUUUGCCACGUCGUGUGCUUUGCUCAGGAAAUGCUGCUCAAAGCUGCUGUGGUGCACAUCUCUCAUGCUUCUCAUCUUGCUCUCAGGUAACACUCGCUCUGUAGAAAAGCUGCCAAGUAAGCAAAUGCACUGGAGGAAAAAACAAUGAAAGAGGGAGUGAAGAUUUAGGCUGGACUUGGUUGUAAUAAGAAGAGCUGUGGCAUCGUCUGUCACAAGGCUCUGGUUUGUUACCAGAAUCCACAUGGCUCUCUUGAAUAGACGAUUGGUUUUAUCCUUAACCCAUCUAAGCAGUGCGGUGCUCCAACGACAGUUCAGUACCACUGGAGCAUGCCGAGCAAUACAGAAACUCACCCGCGUGCGAGUGGUGGACAACAGCGCCUUGGGGAACACGUCCUACCACCGGCCACCAAAAUGUAUCCACGUGUAUAACAAGACCGGAGUUGGCAAAGUAGGAGAUAAAAUCCUCCUGGCUAUCAAAGGAGAAAAGAAGAAAGCUUUAAUUGUAGGGCACAAGAUGCCUGGCCCCACCAUGACGCCUAGAUUUGAUUCCAACAAUGUGGUACUCAUAGAAGAUAACGGAAAUCCAAUCGGGACUAGGAUAAAAACCCCAAUACCCUAUAUCCUGCGACGGAAGGAAGGCGAGUUCUCCAAAGUAUUGGCCAUUGCCCGCAACUUUGUGUGAAAGCUAAGAGAGUUCUUUAGCAAUCCUGUUAUAUCCUUUCAUACAGUAGAUGUUAUUUGGUCCUUCUUUACAAACUGAUGAAACAUGAAAAAGUUGAGGUUCAUCAAGAGUCUCUCCUUCUAUUUAAGAAUUACAAGCAACUAGUUUAAAUGUUGAAACAGUUUCUUUUUCUCCAAAAGAAGGUUGAUUUAUUUCACAGAACAUCUGCAGUUUGUUUGGGAAAUGGUCCUUCACCUUUACUGUUCCUGUGGUGUUAAUUUGCUCUGUCAUCAUUAAAAUGAGAACAUGAAAAUC